GUUGCAUUUCUAUGGGCAGCAUUGACUUGCACCUCUGCGCUUCGCCGGCUGUUCUGAAAAGAGCACCACCCAUUCUCCCAUAUUAAAACUCCUGUCUCGGUUAACCGACAUCUUUACAUGUGAAAAUUAAACGCGUAAUUUAUCCUUCCAGCACAUCAGCAUCCAGAGCUGAGCCGACUUUCAGCAGCAGGAACCGUGGGGCUUUACAGGGUCUAGGCAAUGAUUUCACUGGACCUUAAUUUUAAUUUAUUUACGAGUGACCUUUCACUUUACCUCAAAAACCAAGUUAAAGUCGGGCUAUUCGGCUCGGGGCUUGGACUGUCUGUAGUGCUCGGAUUCAGCGCCGCCUAUGCCUGCUACUACUUGAUCUCUGUGGCCAAGAAACCUAUACUCAUAGCUGGAGGAAAGAAGUUUCAUCAGUUCCUGCAGGACAAUUGUCCUGUGGUGUCAGAGACGUACUACCCAACUUUCUGGUGCUGGGAGAGCCGAGUCCAAACUUUGCUCAGACCCUUUGUGACUGCCAAACCCUGGGUCAACUACAGAAAUGAGCUCAUUAGAGCAGCAGAUGGAGGUCAGAUCUCUCUGGAUUGGUUUGACAAUGAUGGCAGUUCGUCCCACCCGGACCCAUCCACACGACCCACUGUGCUGCUGCUCCCGGGACUGACGGGCACAAGCCACGAAUCCUACAUUCUGCAUAUGGUUCAGCAGAGCCGGGAUCUGGGUUUCAGAUGUGUUGUAUUCAACAACAGAGGUGUAUCUGGGGAAAAAUUACUGACGCCCAGGACGUAUUGUGCAGCCAACACAGAGGAUCUGGAGCUGGUGAUAGAACACGUCCAGCGGACCAUUGACAAAGCUCCGCUCAUGGCAGCUGGGGUUUCUAUGGGCGGGAUGAUGCUGGCCAACUAUCUGGGUCGGAAAGGGCGCAAGACGCGUCUGAAGGGCGUGGUGAUUUUCUCGGCCGGCUGGGAUGUGUUUGAGUGCACAGCUUCACUGGAGAAACCCCUGGACCGUUUCCUCUUCAACUCCUACCUCACCAGCUGCCUGCAGGCAUCUGUGGACCGUCACAGACCUGUUCUUGAAAAAAAGUACGACAUAGACCAUGUGAUGAAGGCUAAAACAAUCCGAGAGUUUGAUGAACGUUUUACAUCCAUCAUGUUUGGUUAUCCGUCCAAUGAGGACUACUAUCGAGACGCCAGCCCCAUCCAUAAGAUCAAUUCUGUGCAGGUGCCAAUGUUGUGCCUCAAUGCGGCUGACGACGUCUUUUCCCCCAAUCACGCCUUUCCAGUAGAGGCUGUGAAGCAGAACCCAAAUGUUGCUCUCCUCAUCACCUGCCACGGCGGUCAUAUCGGCUUCCUGGAGGGCCUGUGGCCGCGGCAGAGCACAUACAUGGACCGCGUUUUCCGGCAGUUCACUAAAGCCGUCUUUGAGAACAGCUGCAGUCUAUCUGACCUCCAUUGACCCGUCAUCCAUUCCCUCUCGAUAGCCGUGAGCAAAAAAUUCCUGAUCCAUUUCCAAAUUGAAGGGCACAGGUUCACUUAAAGGCCAGGAUUGUUUUUGUUCGUUUGUGUGUUCAUGUAUUUAUUUUUAUAUUACUAAGCACAUCUUUUUAUUUACAUUCAUAGAAUUGAAAUGCUGCUUAGGUAUUCACAUGGUCCGUCCAUUCAUUGGUGCACUUGCUUGUGUUUAUUGGCUUUGGUGAUUAUGUUUGGUUAUUUUCAUAUAAAGAUUUUACUAUUAUGAGUGCAUGAUAAACAUCAGUUUGGAACUCUGAAUCAUGCCAUUUUCUCAUUAGAUAACAACCGUUUAUUAAUCUUACACAUUGCAUGUCUUGAACAUCCAAUUUAGGGUGACUUUCAAAACAACAACAACAACAUGGUUUAUAGCGACAACUAUCAAGUGAAUCUCACAAAGAAAGGUUAGCCCAAAAAUUUUGUUAAAAAUUAUAUAAUAAAUAUGUACUGUAUAUUUCCUGCGUAACCUUCCUGAAAAAAACAAACAAACAAAAAAAACCAUGCCCAAAACCAAAUAGAAAAUGUAACAGAUGAGAAUUGUGUUGGUUUUAAUGAAAACUAUAAUGGAGUCUGGUAUAUGAUGGAUUCUAUUGCUGGGGUGUUACCUGGCAGAUUUAUCAUAUUGGAAUAAUGGCCAAAACGUACAAAAAGGAAUUUUGUAAUGGUUUUAACGAAAAAAGCUUAUGGUUCAUAAUGGGGUUUUAAUGGUAACCAUUAGAAUUCCUGUGAUGGUUCCUAUUGGGUUUCUAUUGUUUUUUUUUUAACCAAGGAAUCAAAAUGAAACAUAUUUUGGCAUUGCAUUGUGCUUUAAUUCACAUAUAAAACUCAAAAUAUUGUUUUUUUCUUAACAGAGCACUUGUUUAUAGUUUAUAGGAAACUAUUUAGAUCUUAGUUGUUGAAAUAACAGUAUGUUAUUAAAAGGUUACCAUUGCUUUAUAAACAAAUAACCUUUAAUUUGAAAACAAAUACUUGACAUUUUUGUCUUUUUAAGUUGUAGUAAAAUAUGACCAGAACGCUUUCUUUGUGAGAUUUGCAUCAAUAUCCCAAUUCAAUGCCUCAAUCUUCAAAUAUGUGUAGGCUCAUUUUGUUAAGCUGAGCUUUUUCUUCCUUUAACUCUUUAAAAUCUGUGACUAAAAAUCGUCCUCGCAGUAAAAUCAUUUGUCACAGUUCAUUUGUUAUGUAAACAGGAAGGUUGAAUUCAGUAUUUACAGUGUGUCAAACAGUAUGUCAGUCAGUAUGUCAGUCAUCUUCAGUGAUUUCUUAUUUGUUGCACCAAGGCCUUAUUUAAAAAAAGUGUUAAAAAAGGAAGAUUAAACUAUUUUUGUCUUUCUAGUAUCAGUAAAUAAAAGUGUGUUCGGCCAGUUUAAAAAAGAGAAGUCACUCCAAUGUAUGUAAAACACGUAUACUGUUUCCAACCCUUCACUAACUUAUUCUAAUUUCUUUAAUUCUAGAGAGAGCCUUCAGAGACUAACCAGCUCACUAUUUUCUGUUAGUUUUGUUUUUAGGUUGGAGACCGAUUGUAUCUACCACAUUGCACUGUUUUAAUUUGUUAAGAAUGUACUGUGUGCACUUUUUGUCAUUCAUUACUGGUAUAUUGACACUGACUAGUUCAAUUGUAAAUUAGAUGUACAUUUUAACUGAAUGUGACAAUUGCACUAUUUUGAGUUUAACCUGUGUUAGUCCCACAAGUGUGUUCACUUGAACUGGCCGAAUGUGGCUUCAAGGAUUCGUUGAAUUCAUAUGUGAAAAUGACUUGAGCUACUGCUUGUCUACAAUGUUGAAACAUUGAAAAUGUUCCCGAAACCUCUGCUUGCUUUAAAUUCACUUACGGGUGAAAUGGCUCUUUAUGCGAUAGUGUCAUAAAAUCCUCCGGCUCCUUAAUGAUAUUAUAUGAAAAGAAAAUAAGUAUAAAAACAGGAGCAGUCAUUAUUUGUGUGAGAAUGUGAAGGACGUAUGCUUUUGCAAAUCUUUCAGAAGAAAUUGUUUUAUGAAUAUGCAGGUGAAGAAUUAACUGCACAUAUAGGGACUUUCAUGGAAGAAUAUGAUAGACAUAGUUAUCAAAACCUAAAAAGAAACCGCCCUGCCAUGUGUUGUAUUUACCUGUUUUUAUUAAGGUGCUGCUUCAUAUUAUGCUUCUUACUGUCGAUGCAGAUUUGAGGACCACGAGGUCUCCUGUGGAUUUGCCUUUCCUCUCUGCUUCUUCUCAUCCUGUUUCUCAGUAGCAUGUGUCACUGUUCUAAGUGUCUUGAGUAACUGUACAAACAACGUGCAUCGCAUAACCUGUAGCACAACAGACAUAUUUUUCCAUGAAGAUGUCUUUCCUUUUAUAAAUUUAUAAAAGGAUUGUGUAUUCAACAUGUGCAGCAAUAAGAUUUGAAUACAAGAUAGUCUACUGUAUGUAGAAUAAAUGCACAUGUACAUGGAUUAUAAGUGCAUUUGUGGUCUUAAAUAAAUUGUGGAAUUUAACUAGACGGUUUUGCUUUCUUAAUGUAUUUUUGAUGACUGAAUAUG